UUUCAGAGUUGGUAGAGUCCAAUGUCCUCUGCCUUGUGAGUGAAGAGCUACAGGCCACGGCUUGGUGUAAACAGAAGGAACCAUGGUCAACUUCCUAUCACUUGCCCGUGAUCAUUGGGUGAACAUAUUGGUGCCCAUGGGCUUCGUGGUUGGAUGGUACCUGGACAAACAGCAGGACCAGAAGCUGACAGCUUUCAGGAACAAAAGUGUUUUGUAUAGCAGGGAGCUGAAACCUGGUGAGGAGACGACCUGGAAGUAGGCCACCUCCACCUGGAUAAUGUGUCCCGUCACCUGUGGUGUGAAUGAUGAGUGUCCCUCAAAUCAGAAUAUUUAAGAAGACUAUCUCUGUUAAUCAGUUGUAUCAACAGAUAAUAAACAUGCCCUUUCUCAUUAA